AUGUGGGCAUACGGCCUGCUGCUGAGGAAGCAUUCCACGCCCCCGGCGGGGAAACCGGCGCCCCCGGCGGGGAAACCGGCGCCCCCGGCGGGGAAACCGGCGCCCCCGGCGGGGAAACCGGCGCCCCCGGCGGGGAAACCGGCGCCCCCGGCGGGGAAACCGGCGCCCCCGGCGGGGAAACCGGCGCCCCCGGCGGGGAAACCGGCGCCCCCGGCGGGGAAACCGGCGCCCCCGGCGGGGAAACCGGCGCCCCCGGCGGGGAAACCGGCGCCCCCGGCGGGGAAACCGGCGCCCCCGGCGGGGAAACCGGCGCCCCCGGCGGGGAAACCGGCGCCCCCGGCGGGGAAACCGGCGCCCCCGGCGGGGAAACCGGCGCCCCCGCAUAAUACAGUUAUGAAGAGCUUCCCAGAGGGCACAGUCAGUCAUCAGAGCAUACUGAUGACAGCCAACCUCUCACUACUGACAUGGGAACUAUUGCAAGUUCAUACACCUACAGCCAACUACAAACAUACUUAA